ACGAACGGAGUUCAACCUACUUAGAACUAACUCAGGGUUUCCGCGGUAACCCGGGGUUGACUAAACCUGGACAUCUUGAUUGGUCUUAAACGGUACUACGACGCUGAUUAUGAAGUUGAUCAGCUGAACCUGUGUUCACUCAACCAGAGUUACUGCGCGUUCACAUAAAAGGGGUGGUACCAGCGCAAAAAAACACUCUCGAUCAUGGCGGGCUCUCCCUAUUUCACAGAAGAGGAAUGCGAGAUCAUAAUGAGGAGUUAUGAAGAGUAUAAACCGACCCUGGCUGCUAAAUCCAACACCGCGGCAGCAAACAAGGCGCGACUGGGGUGUUGGCAGCAAAUUACAGACCGCGUAAAUUCAGGUACCAGCAGCGCCAAACGGACCUGGCAGCAGGUGAAGAUGAAGUACAAAAACAUCAUUCAGAAUGCCAACAAGAAGAAGGUAGAAAUAAGGCGCACAGGAGGAGGGAGGGCACCAGACUCCUUUACUCUUGCUGAAGAGUUGGCCCUAGCCAACAACAGUGGCAGGGUGAUGAUGGAUGGGGUGGCAGGGGUACAGUCUAACCCUGGGGCAGCUGAAAUGUCCACCCUCUAUGUGCAAGUCGAGGGUGGAAACAUCACAACCCUGCAGCCACCAGGAUGCAUUCAUCCUCUGACACAGGAUGAUGAUGAUGAUGAUGAUGAUGACGAGACCCUCACAGCCCCCUCCGACACACACAUGCAGGAGGACUUGGAGGAGCUUUCCCCUCCUGAAGCCUCCCUCCCAGGGACCUCACAGUCAGACAAAGCCACAGUGGACAAUGUCCGCAGUUUAUACAAGAAAGUGCUGGAGCUAGACCGCACAAAGAAGAGGCUGGAGAUCAGAAAGCUGGAAUUAGAAAUUGAAAAGCUGGAACAUGAGAAGAAGGUAUUGUCUUAUCACUCCAUUAAUAUAUAGGCUACCCACACCCUAUAUGUGUGUCAUUGAUCUGGCUUUUCGUUUUCUUCUUGCAGGAAAGAGAGUCA